UUGACUUUGGGAUUGACUCCGACGUUCUCCUCUCCUAUACUAAGGUUAUUAUAUGACAGAAGGAGCAUAUAGGGCAACCAUACCGAUGAUGAUAUGGGCAUUCACAGCAGGAUGCUUUGCAAUUAGCUCUCGCACUAUGGGCAACGCCUGGUCUUGGUCAUCCCCAACGCAGAGGAAUAUUUCAUACUUGGCAUAUUCCUGGCAAAAAGUGGACUCCAGAUUCUCGUAUAAAUUUACGUCGAGACCUUUUAAAGGUCUGAUGAUGGAAACCCCAGGUACUGAUGAAGCAGGAGCUGAUGCGAGGGGUGAACGUGGGCGGAGCCUGUACCGCUUGCGACUUGAAUUACACAUCAACCUAGCAGCCCAAGAAACCAGAGCACACCAUACCAUACCAGGCAAGCAAUGGCUAGGACGAGUUUGAGUGUGCUUGUCUGCUGGCCGUUCCCCUCCGUGCUCGUAAGAGGAUCCGUCAUGAUAUUGGCAUUGUCGAGCUCGUAGAGUAUGGCGUGUAGCUGAGCUUGGUAGAGGUGUGAUCACUGGGUCGCUCGCUCGAGAUGAUCAAAGGAAGAAAACGGAAUAUGGCAUGGCUCACGUUACCUCAGCAAGGCGCGUAAACAACGCGUAAACACAGAACGCGACCGAGAUUGUUUCCUGCCAACAACCACCAUCGUUUUGACUAUUACACCUGAAAAAAUAUCUUCUCCUCUCUCUUUUUCAAAUGUCGUCUUGGAAGACUUCAUUCCAGAGGGGCGUCUCCUCGUUUCGAGGUGGGCAACUUCAGGACGCAUUGCAACAUUUCUCACAAGCCGUGCAACAAGGGUGCAAUGAUCCGAACGUUUAUGACUCUCGUGCAGCAGUGCACGAAAAACUUGGAAACACGAAGGAGGCUCUGUUGGACUCGAAGAAAGUCAUUGACUUGUCUCCUCAACGAUGGCAGGGAUAUUUUAGAGCUGCUCGUCUUUUCCUGAACCUUCGCAAGUUUGACAGGGCGAAAGCCAUGGCAGCCAUGGCACUGGAACGUGUGAAACCCGAUGAUUCGAAACGGCUUGCAGAGCUGAAGGCAUUACAAGAGAAAAUCGAAAGCGCUUUGCAAGCUUUCGUAGAACAUCAGACACGACAAGCAUCGAAGCAUUUCUAUCAUUUUGGAAAGCUUCCGGUGGAGAUUGCAAUGAUGAUCUUCUCCAUAACACUGCAGGACGUUCCUGCCAAGGUCGUGUAUCUAGCACAGGUCUGCAAAGACUGGCGGGACACAAUUCUGAAUAUGCCAUCGCUCUGGAGAAACCUCAUUUUGACCAACCGAAACCCAAUGCGAAAGGCUAAAGUUUGGAAGUCACGCUGCGAAGGAAGACUGGCACGGCUUCAUCUACAAGGCAGUGCUGUCCACUUAGCUUUGGAUAUUCUUCAGGAUAUCGAUUGGGAUCAUCUAAGAGGUCUAACCUUGGAAGAUGUCGACCUCGACGUGAUCCGAGAGAAACUACUAUCACCCAAUCCCACUAUUUUUCGUGAUCUGGAGUCCUUGAGUGUGGAAGGAGCGACCCGUAGUCCCACCAACAUUGACUGGCUCUGGCAACAUUCCGAGAUGCGACUUCAAAACCUCACUGUUAGGUCCCAUCGAAUAUCCUGGCCUACUAUGUCAAUUAAUACGUCCUGUCUACGUUCAUUGUUAUUUGAUGGCCCUAUCUACCUUGGCGAUGAUAUCUCUUUAUUAUUCUUACUGCAGUCUAAUCCAUGUCUGGAAUCCGUCGACCUCACAACCUGGAUACCGACGCUUUUCCUUCCCGAUGAGGAUGAAGUACCGGACGUCCCCUCUUCCGUUGAAAUGCCACGGCUGAAUACGAUUUCGAUCCGCGGCGACGGCUUCCCAGUAGCCGCUUUCUGCUCCAAGUUAAUCAUGCCUAACCUUCAGAAGCUCUCCCUUUCUCGCUGUCGAGAACCUCUCGACCUGGUCUUCAGGGUAUUCUCGUCGUCUCGAGUCGUACAGUCAUUGACCGAACUCCGAAUCCAACGGUGUGUCGUGGCAUUACAGAAUAUCAUUGAUAUUUUGAAGCUCGCUACGAACUUGGAGCUCCUUGAGCUGAUUGCUAUCGGGGGCGCUAAUAUGCGUAUGGUUGCGGAAGCAUUGGCCGAGCCGCAGGGAGAGAGGGAGCAGAAAGAGGGCAAGGACACUCAAGGAGGACUUCUUUGUCCUUCCUUGAAGCACCUGAAUCUUUCAGAAGCGCCAGAUCUUCAGGCGGGUCCUUUGGUUCGUCUUAUCAAAGCUCGAAAUACGGAUGCAGAUGGGGAAUCUGAAUCCGAACGUCAAGUCGCAAGAAUACACACACUCAUCCUUGAUGCUUGCCCACUACUGGACGGGGAUAUACUGCCAUGGAUCCGGAGUAAAGUUCCGCACGUGAGCUGCGUAUACAUGUCGAAGAAAGAGGCAAGCUGGAAGAGAUAAAAAAGCACGGUGACGAGCAGGAAGCAGUUUGUACCGUAUUGUCAAAUGGCUAUCUACGAGCUCUGAGCAUACGCUAACCAGUCUUAUUGUAGGAUAUGAACAUUAACGUCAAGAAAUAGGUUAUGCUGUAGAGUAUCUAUUUUAUUCGCAUCUCACUUGUUGGCUGUGGUGCUGCUUUCUUCCCCUGGCAACUAGACUUAUGCUCCGCCCAAUGACUCUUUUGGCACUCCGAAUCGCAGUACCUAGAAGACCAUUAGACAGACUGCAUCUGACGCCUGAAGGAAGAUUGCAAAUUCAUACCUUGUCGUACCACAUUGUCCACAUUUCUUCAAUACAGCACUAGUUCGCUCGCACCAAGUGCAGCGCAUCGGAGUC